AUCGAGCCCAAAUACGCCACGCUGUUCAUCUCUUUCUGAGUUUUCACUCUUCUUAUUUGAUUCUGAAUUCAUAAUUUUUCAAUGGCGAGUUAUGUAUGGAGAAAAUAUGCAGAUUAUUUGUACACAAAAUGGGAGAAAACCUUUCUAUGGGACAUGGUUGAACCCUACAGAAGACCUAAAUCAUUCACUCCCGUUGUUGUUACUUAUGUCGCCGCUUUCUAUACCGGAGUCAUCGGUGCCGCCGUCACUGAACAACUCUACAAGGAAAAGUACUGGGAAGAACACCCUGGGAAAGCAGUUCCUCUCAUGAAACCAAAGUUUUAUGGUGGUCCGUGGAGGGUAAUGGGGGGUGAGAUUCCCAGAUAUGAGUAAAAAGUUCUUGAGGCAUGUUUCAUGCUUAGCUCCGAUUCACCAUAUCUUAGUACUGUUUAUAAUUAAGGACUGUUUGGUGUCAAUGAAAAUGCACUACUGCAUAUGUAAUCCAGAGCGUGUUUUCUCUUCUCCUGGCUCAUGACUUUGCUGGAAAAUAAAAUGAUUUUAUUCCAAUAUACAUGAAGUUGUUUUGUAUGCUCUGCCAUUGAUACAUCACGUGGGUCUCGGACUGAGCGAGACUUCACCCAUCGAUUAAUGGGCAUUGUUUGUAAUGGACAUUCGACAGCAGAAACCCCAUUCUCCUUCCUAUUCCCACUGCUGAAUCAAUACUUGUUCUGCAGAAUACAACUAUUGCUAUUGUGUUUGUUCUUGUGAUGAUGUUUAGAGUUAAUGCCAUCAGUGUUUUGCGACAGGUUUUUCUAUUUGUUGAAGAUGAGGAGAUGAUAAUAUUCUUAUGUAAUUUUGAGGGAAAUGUCUUUUUUUAUUUGAAUUUUUUGGGUUGAUUUCGUUUCUUGGUUAGAAUUUUGUUUUUUAGUUGUGUUAUUUGAUUUGAAUUUGUUAUUUUUGGUUUGAAUUUAUCAUUAAAACUAUUUCUAAGUU